AAUUGUGACAGUGUUUGUAUAGCCGCGCUACUUUCAGCUGCAAAGUGCCGCGUUUUGGUUUCCUUGUGCACAUUUUCGCCAUUUGACGUGAAGCGUCGCUCAGUGCCUGAAGUGUUUCAGAUUUGUGUGCAGCAGAAGAGAGAUGGAUUUGCUUUGUUUGCUGUGUUUUGUACUCAGCAUCUGCGCCUGGUUCGUCUCCGCGGAGAGACACAGCGUCUACUGGAACAGCUCCAACCAAAAUUUUCUGUGGGAUGACUACUCAGUCGAAGUGCGUAUCAAUGACUAUCUGGACAUCAUUUGCCCCCACUAUGCACAUGGAGAGGUGCCGUCGCACGCAGCGGAGCGCUACGUUCUCUAUAUGGUGGAGAAGGAGGACUAUGAUGUGUGUAAGCCUCACUCCUUUGACCAGCUUCGUUGGGAAUGUUCCCGGCCCUUUGCCCCACAUGCUCCUGAGAAGUUUUCCGAGAAGUUCCAGCGUUUCACCCCUUUCACUUUGGGAAAGGAGUUCAGACAGGGCGAGAGCUACUAUUAUAUCUCCAAACCAAUGCAUCACCACGGCCAAGACUGUUUGAAGCUGAGAGUGGAUGUGGCUGGGCCCAAAGGUUCUGGGAAGACCCAUUUGGACAAGCCAAGGCAGAAGAGACAAGAAAAGAUAUUGGCGGAGGAAGACCCUAAAUUUAAUGGUGCUGGAGGAGUGCACACCCAAUCUAACCAGCUCCCAGCAGACGACCCAGCUGCAAUGGAGCCCAACGUCCAGAGGAGCAUUGGCGGUUCAGGAGCACGGCCGGUCUCCUUGUCUCUCUUAAGUGUCAUAAUCCCAGUCUUAUUAGCCUUGAUGCUACACUGAGGCUAACUGAGCCGCCGGGACGUUGGCCACAACAACGACAAAGCUAGCCAGUGCUGGUCACUGGCACAAUAAACACUCAGAGAUUUUUUUAUACAGAUUUUUUUAUAUAUAAAUAUGAGCAUGGACAGAACUGUGUGUGCAUGUGCGUGUGUGUGUUUGUGUGUGAUGCGUUUGCUUGCGUGAGAGUGGAACGUGGAUCGCUCCACAGAAGAGGACCUCAAAGAUUUUUUUUUUUACCUGUGAGGACAGCAGUUUCUUAUUGUGGACCAUUUUCUGACAUUAUUACCAUGAAUUCAAGAAAACAGAUGAGACAUGAAAAUGACAUUAAAGGUCAUUAAUUCAUCUUAAUGCUUUCAUACCGCUGGCACAGCUGUGUAAUUGUAUUAUUCGUUUCAGCUUUUCAAUCUCAAUGUUCCUGCUCUGUGCUGGUAAUGCGUACGGACUGUAGCCGUGGUGAAAUGUAGGAUUUUUGUCAUGUUGUUAUGUAGCACCUCAGUUCCCGGUCAUACAGUAUGCACCACUGUGAUAUUUACACACUAUAACAAUUACACUUGGUUCAGGUACUGCAGCUUCCAUGCAGAUCAGAGGUAUUUGAUGUUAUAAAAACUUGUGUUUUUGUUGUUUCACUUAAAAGUCAAAGCCACACCGGCUGCACAUCCAAUAAAAUUGUGGCGUCAAACCAAAACCAUAUUACUACUAUUCAUAACCAGUGAAAACUUGACUGCACGCCAUAUUGUGUCUGAUAUGUAGCUGGUGUGUAUCAGUGG